CUGUGCUGCCUCUGUUGCAUGUCUCAUGCAGCAACUUUAACCAGUGACAGCAUCAGUGAACUGAAUCAUGAUUAUGUAUUUGUGACACCUGUCAAAGUGGAUUCCAGUGGAUCAUAUAUUUCACAUGAUGUUUUGCACAGUACUAGGAGAAAGAGAUCAGCUCAGAGUUCAAAGAGUUCCUUGCACUACAAAUUUUCAGCAUUUGGACAGGAACUUCACUUAGAACUUAAACCUUCGACCAUUUUAAGCAACAGUUUUAUUGUCCAGGUACUCGGGAAAGAUGGAGUCUCAAAUUCUCAGGAACAUGAAGUUGAGCAGUGUUUCUACCAGGGAUUUAUAAGGAAUGAUAGCACCUCUUCAGUAGCAAUAUCUACAUGUGUAGGCUUGUCAGGUUUGAUAAGGACACAGAAGAUCGAGUUCCUUAUAUCUCCGUUACCUCAGCAGCUAGCACAGGAGCACAACUACACAUCACCUGCUGGACACCAUCCUCAUGUGUUAUAUAAACGAACUGCCGAAGAGAAGGUGCACCGGUACACAGUACAGUCCAAUCCCAAAUACUUUUCCCUUGGUCAUCACAGAACUCACACUUCCCACAAGUAUCAUGCUCAAGCGAAUGGUUACCACCAUGGAAGGUUUCAAAAGCAACAUUUUUGUGGACGUCGCAAGAAAUAUGCACCUAAGCCACCCACAGAAGAGACAUACAUUCGCUCAGAUGAAUAUGGGACUUCUUCAAGGUUCAAAAGAUCAUCUGCUAAAAUUCAAAAAAAUGGAAGUCUAAAUGUUGAAACCCUUGUUGUGGCAGAUAAAAAAAUGCUGGAGAAACAUGGCAAGGAAAAUGUAACAACAUACAUCUUAACGGUUAUGAAUAUGGUCUCUAGUCUGUUUAAAGAUGGAACAAUUGGAAGUGAUAUAAACAUUAUCGUUGUGAGCCUUCUUCUUUUGGAACAAGAGCCUGGUGGAUUACUGAUUAACCACCAUGCGGACCAGUCACUGAACAGCUUUUGUCAAUGGCAAUCUGCUCUGGUUGGGAAGAAUGGAAAGCGCCAUGACCAUGCCAUCUUGCUUACGGGUUUUGAUAUCUGCUCUUGGAAAAAUGAGCCCUGUGAUACUUUAGGAUUUGCACCUAUCAGUGGCAUGUGCAGCAAAUACCGUAGUUGCACCAUUAAUGAAGAUACAGGCCUUGGACUGGCUUUUACAAUUGCUCAUGAAUCUGGACACAACUUUGGUAUGAUUCAUGAUGGAGAAGGAAAUCCUUGCAGAAAAGCUGAGGGUAAUAUUAUGUCUCCCACACUCACAGGAAACAAUGGAGUGUUUUCUUGGUCUGUAUGCAGCAGGCAGUAUCUCAACAAGUUUCUCAGUACAGCUCAAGCUGCCUGCCUGAUUGAUGAACCUAAGCAAACAGGACAGUAUAAAUACCCUGACAAACUGCCAGGGCAGAUCUAUGAUGCUGAUACCCAGUGCAAAUGGCAAUUUGGAAUGAAAGCAAAACUGUGCAAUCUCAGCUUUGUGAAGGAUAUAUGCAAAUCUCUCUGGUGUCACAAAGUGGGUCAUAGGUGUGAGACAAAGUUCAUGCCAGCAGCAGAAGGAACAGCUUGUGGUAUAAGUAUGUGGUGUCGAAGAGGACAGUGUGUCAAAUAUGGUGAUCAUGGACCCAAGCCUGUAAAUGGCCAAUGGUCUGCCUGGUCUGAGUGGUCAGAGUGUACUCGCACUUGUGGAGGUGGGGUCACAUAUCAAGAAAGACACUGCAAUAAUCCAAAGCCACAGUAUGGUGGCAAAUUCUGCCAAGGUUCAAGUCGUAUUUAUCAACUUUGUAAUAAUCAGCCAUGUCCAGCAAAUAGUUUGGACUUCCGUGCCCAGCAGUGUGCAGAAUACAACAGCAAACCUUUCCGGGGAUGGUACUACAAAUGGAAGCCAUAUACUAAAGUGGAAGAGGAAGAUAGAUGUAAAUUGUACUGCACAGCUGAAGACUUCGACUUUUUCUUUGCAAUGUCCAGCAAAGUGAAGGAUGGAACCCUGUGUUCUCCAAAUAAAUUUGAUGUUUGCAUUGAUGGAAUAUGUGAACAAGUAGGGUGUGAUCAUGGACUUGGUUCCAAAGCUGUACUGGAUGCUUGUGGAGUUUGUAAAGGAGAUAAUUCAACAUGCAAGUUCUUUAAAGGCCAAUACUUGAUCCAGCACAAGGCUAAUGACUACUAUGCCGUGGUGACUAUUCCAGCAGGAGCACGCAGUAUACAGCUCCACGAAAUGCAGAUCUCAACCAGCUACCUUGCAGUGCGCAACCUCGGUAAAAAGUAUUAUCUAACAGGAGACUGGACAAUCGACUGGCCAGGAAAGUUCUCUUUUGCUGGAACCGUUUUUGAUUAUCAACGCUCUUUUAACCAUCCAGAGAGCCUAUAUGCACCAGGACCGACUAAUGAGACGCUGGUCUUUGAA